AUGCAAUCCUAUAUGAAGAUACCGCUGGCCACUAAGUUAUGUGUUUUGCAGUUACUACUGAUCACCUUCUGUUUUGCAAAUGACAAAAACAGCAGUAAACCAAGUGACAGGGUGAGUUCUUUUAAUCAAACAUUGAGUAAUCGGAAAAUUCUUUAAUACUAGCAAGGAUAUAUGCAUGUAUGAAGUUCCUAGCCUGAAAGAAUGGAAUGAAGUAAGAUGGAAGGGAAUAUUGACAACUUGGGGGGUGUUUAAUGAAAAUUGUUGUAAGACGAAUGAAAAGUGGUACAGUUUAACAAGCUAUUUACGUAAAAGAAUGGAAAGAAUAAAAGAAUGUUUUAUGAAUGGCCGGUUUGAUUUGGUGACUCCAUCAAUGUCUAGGUGUUAAGUAAAAACAACAAAAAAAACGGACGUGUAGUUUUUUUACACCUACAGUUCCGGAAAUGUCUUAAAGAUUUAAUUAAGUUAAAAGAUAUUUAGAGCCAACAAGAGAGAAUGAAGCCAAAGAAAUUGCUCCCACAGGACAAUAAUGCCUCUUGCUUUUUAACAUUCCUUUAGAGCACUCCUCAAAAGACCUUAUUAUAUGGAUCCUGUGGUCAUGGUGGGUGUUUCUGUGCACCGGGAAUUCCAGGCAUCCCCGGAAGUCCUGGUUCCGCGGGACCAGCAGGUGUUGCGGGAUCACCCGGUAAUCAUGGACCUGAAGGACCCAUAGGCCCACGAGGAAACAAAGGCGAUGAAGGAACCCGUGGAAGACAGGGACCACCAGGUCCCAGUGGUAACAAAGGUGAAGAUGGUCCCCCUGGCCCCAAAGGACCUCAAGGACCCUCAGGUUCAGCUGGUUCCCCUGGAAACAAGGGUGAUACAGGUGCUCGUGGAAGUCAAGGUCCCCCAGGUCCCAAGGGUGCUCCAGGAUCGUUUGGUCGUAAUUGGAAACAGUGCGUUUUUAAGAAACUGAGCGAUUCAAGGGACUCUGGAUUGAUAAAGGUAAAGACUCAGUUUACAGUUAAAGACAAUUGUGAGGUUAGCCUAAAGUAAAUUAGAGAUUAACUAACUUCAGAUUUGAAAAUUCGAGUUAUGUCAACUUUAUCACGAAGAAUGAUUUUUAUUAACUACAACAGGCCUGGAACUAACCCAUGGCUCCCUUCAAAUAAUAUCUCUUUAUUCAUUAUUUAACAUUAAUUUUUUAAGUCCGAUUGUUGCUGUUGCUGAUCUUCAAAUGAUCUAUGAUGUUCCUAUUUAUAUUUUCACAGGAAUGUAUUUUCAAUAAGCUGUCAGACAACACAGCGUUGCGUGUCUUCUGGACUGGCGCUCUUCGAAUCUAUAACUGUGACAACUGCUGCAGUCGAUGGUAUUUCACCUUCAACGGUGCAGAGUGUUCAUCUCCAGCAGCAAUUGAUGGUGGAGUCUACAUGAGGUAUGGAAGUGGCAGCAGAGUAAAGAAUUUGCACCGCGUUCGUCAUAUUGAAGGAGUCUGUGAGAAAAUCCACAAAGGCACAGUGCGUGUUGGAUUCUGGGUCGGCAAAUGUUCUAGUGGUAAUUCUGCUGAUGCUAGCACAGGCUGGCCCGGAGGGUCCAGGAUCUACGUGGAGGAAAUACCUCCACCACAAGCUUAA